CGGUCAAAGUGGUUUUAGAGCGGGGUCGAAAGGGCAAAGGCAAAAGAACUAGCAGCUCGCUCCGCUCGAUUAAGCCACGGGUAAGGAUGGCGGCGGCGGCGGCGGCGAUACUCGAGCUGGAUCCGUCACACGAGCGCGCCGGCCGCGUUAUCGACAAUAUCGUGCGGCUGGAGAGGAGGAUCUUCCCGAAGCACGAGUCGCUGGUGCGAUCCAUCCACGACGAGCUCAAGCGCCGGAACUCCGGCCUGAUUUACAUGGCAUCCACCGUGGCGGGAGGCGACGGCGACGAGGUCGUCGGGUACGCCAUGUACACCUGCCCGACCUCCCUCUGCGCCUCCAUCACCAAGCUCGCCGUGAAGGAGAGUUGUAGGCGGCAGGGCCACGGCGAGGCGCUGCUGGCGGCCGCCGUGGAGCGGUGCCGGCGGAGGAGGGUCCAACGGGUGUCCCUCCACGUGGAUCCGGCGAGGACGGCCGCGGUGGCACUGUACCGGAAGGCCGGGUUCCAGGUCGACGCCACCGUCAUGGGCUACUACGCGACGCAGAGGGACGCCUACCGGAUGUUCAUGGAUCUCCAGUGAUCAGGAGCCGAGCAAGACAAGGGCAUCACUCAUCCUCGUUGUCAGAGAUUUGAGUUCGAUCAGUGGCUCUGAUGCUCGUUCCCAAUGCCAAUAAAAUGCCCUGAUGAAUUCUGAUUCUGUGAACUGUAAAUGCUUUUUAUCCAUGAUUCCCUAGUUCCAAAUUGCAAGGUCUGUACAAACGAUCCGUUCAGUUCGGAGGUUUCACAAGAAAUUAUCCGUUCAGUUCGGAGGUUUCACAAGAAAUUCACAAAAUCCUCGCUUGGUUUUGGAAAACAUCUCACAAUUUCAGUUGAAAUUCAGACA